GUGAAGUUCGCCGCCACUGUCCAUCGUUACUCACUUACCCAUAUUUCAAUAACUUAGUUAUGUAACCGUCGAUGACUACCAGUCUACUCAAUACCUGCAAAGGCCUGAUACGCAGUUUUGUUGGUACCUCCCCAUCCGCCAACAUGGACGUUGACACACCGAAGAACAAGGGCUUGUUCGCCCAAUGCAGCUUCGUCAUCGUGCGUUCUGCCACUCUUCCUACAGAGACUGUCAUGCAGCUGGCAUCCGAGUUGAGACUGCAUAACGGAGAAGUCGUCUUUGAUGACUACCCCGAGAACAACCUCGAUAUUAACGGCGUCACCCACGUUGUUUCCGACACAUUCGACUUCCCGGACUACCAUGUAUGCUUCGAUGCCUUCAUCCCCGUUAUUAAGCCGACUUGGGUUCUACAUUCUCUCGCGAAGAACAGACUACUCAACCCACGACAAUACAGUCCCGAUCCUCGUUAUUUCAUGUCUGACGUGGUGGCUUGCGUCGCAGACCUUCCUGAAGGCGACUCGGAUGCUAUUGCUGGCGGUAUACUGGCUAUGGGCGGUCUGUUCUCAACCAAGCUCACCAACCAGGUCACCCACAUCAUCGCCCUCACCAUUGAGUCAGAAUCCUGCGUUCGGGCACGAGAGAGGGAUUUGCCUGUCAAGAUUGUGCUGCCACAUUGGGUGGAUGACUGCCUGAAGCUGGGAAGAAAGAUCGACGACCAGCCAUAUCUACUGCCAGACCCAGACAUACUGAAACCCUCCAACAACAAGGCCCCAGCAGCAAAACGGAAAACCCAGGUAGAAGGGGCUGUUCACCCUGACCCUUCACAAGACGAUCAACAGGCUAUUACUGGGCCUAGACAGCUCAAGAAAGUGUUCAAGAAAAAGACUGUGAUGUUGUGGAAAGACCUCAGAAUAUCGCCGUAUCUGCAAAACAUACUAGAGGGGAUCAUCACAGGCAGCGGUGGGCAGAUGACAGAUUCCGUCUUGAAAGCCGAUAUGUUCAUCUGCAAAUAUCGAAGUGACGAAGAGUACCGUAUGGCUUCCAGGGCCGGCAAAGAUGUAGGCAAUCUGGCCUGGCUGUACUACCUGAUCCAGACUGAUGAAUGGACAUCUCCCAUGCGACGUUUGCUGCAUUAUCCCAUACCUAAAGAUGGACUGCCGGGUUUUGAAGGACUGAAAAUCAGUCUCUCAAACUAUAGCGGAGACGCACGAACAUAUCUGGAAAAUCUCAUCAAUGCAACUGGCGCUGAAUGUACAAAGACGCUGAAGCAAGACAACACCCAUCUAAUCACGGCACAUGUCUUGAGCGAGAAAUGUGCUGCAGCGAAAGACUGGGGAAUCCACAUUGUCAAUCAUCUUUGGCUUGAAGAGAGUUAUACACGGUGGAAGAUGCAAAGUAUCACCGAUAACAGAUACACACAUUUUCCCAAGCGAACCAAUCUCGGUGAGGUAGUCGGCCACACUCAGCUAGAUCGUACCGUGCUCGAAAAAUGCUUCUUUCCACCUGGAGAAGAUGUGGAAAUGACUGAGGCCGCUAAUGCAAGACCGAUGCAGCAAGUCAACAACAACGCGGUUUCAGCAAAGAAAUCCAGCCGCACGCACGAAGCAGAAGAAGCUACCCACGACCGAAAUGAAAAACUACGCACUCCGGCACCCUCGAGGCUUAUUGCGACUGGCAAAGAGAAUAUAACGCCGUCAACGACGCACAGCCGAAAGUCCAAAGAAGUUGCGUCGGCUCGCUUGCAUGAGAUGACCCCUGACAUGAUGCUAUACGAGAAAGAACGCAAGAGAGUGGGUGGUGUUGUCUACGGAGGUCGACGCAAGACCGACGAGGAUCGGAUAGAGGUCGGGCGUAAACGAUCUGUUGAUGAAGCGUCGGACCAUGAGAUGACGGAUGAGAAUGAGUCCAAGAAGGUGAAGCGCGGCAAUUUCUCUCCAGCCAUGCAUCUCGUAGUCUCUGGCUAUGAAAAGUGGGUUGGUCAUGCCAAGAUCGAAGACAAUGACAAGAAACAACUUCGAAACCUAGGGAUUACAUGCACCACGGAUCCCAGCAGGGCAACUCAUCUUGCUGCCCCGCGUAUUGUCCGGACGAUGAAGUUCGUGACAGCGCUGGCAUACGCUCCGAUCGUGAUCUCGACUGACUACAUUGACGCUUGUUUAGAGGCAAACGAGCUGCUCGAUCCCAUGGAGUUCAGGCUACAAGACAAGGAGAAUGAGCAGAAACUUGGUGUUUCUCUAAAGCUCUCACGAGAGCGCGCCCAGAAGAACCAUGGUCAAUUGCUCCAAGGCCGUAUCAUCUACUGUCUGGAGAAUAUCCGCGGCGGGGUUGAUACUUUCAAAACCAUCGUGGAAGCCAACGGUGGUGAAUGUAGGACGUGGCGUGGUCGCAAAGGCACAACAGUUCCCUCGGGUCGAGCCGACAGCGAGGCCAGCACUGAUAUUGACGCCAAUAACGAGGUUUACCUUUUGAGCAACGACGAUGAUCGAAAGGAGAACAAGUCGUUAUGGACUCGAUUCAAGGAGAUGGCCGAAGGUAGCCGAAAAGUUCCUCGCAUCGUCACGGCCGAUUGGAUCCUGGAGACGGCGAUGUCCCAACUAUUGCUACCGACGAAGCAGUAUGAACUCGCGGCAUAAUUCCAGAUCGGCGUGAUGAGGUAUACGGUUGCUCGAAGUUAGCGAUGCAUUGGGUUGCUGGAUGUCUGAUUUGUUGAUGUUGACUUGAAUAUGAUAUGAAUCAAAAGAACUUCAC